UAUUUUUCAUUUCCAAAUUCGAGAAUAAAAAGCGUACCGGUCUCUACAACCUCUAUUUUUCCAUUAUUCUUUAAGGCCUUGGCGACACUACAACAACAAAAAAAAGCAGAUAACUUUUUUUUCUUUCUUCUCCCAACUCCAGUUAAGUUCCUCAGUUGUACUAAUUGCACGGUAUUAAGUGAAAAAUGGCAAGUACCCCAGUCACCGUUGAUCAUCAUCUUCAUCAUCAUCUUCAUGAUGAUGAUGAUCCCAAAAGCCCACUUCUCCCAGUCAGUACUGAUCCGACCCAACGGCCGGCAGAAAGCUUCCAAUUCAGUCUCCAAUCCAUUCUUACCCCCAAAAACGUGUUCAUCCUUUUGGGACCCUUAUUGUGCGCCGUGAUAUGUGUGUGCGUGAAGCUAGAUGGCCCCAGUAGUAGCCGGAACAUGCUGGCGGUGCUGGCGUGGAUCUUCGUUUGGUGGAUGACAGAGGCGGUGCCCAUGCCCAUCACCUCAAUGGCGCCGCUCUUCCUUUUCCCCCUAUUUGGAAUCAGCUCCUCCGAUGACGUGGCACAUGCUUACAUGGAUGAUGUUAUCGCCCUUGUUCUCGGCAGUUUCAUUCUCGCUCUUGCAGUUGAGCACUAUAACAUUCACAGAAGAUUAGCCCUCAACACAACACUGCUGUUUUGUGGAGACCCGGUAAACCCACCACUAUUGCUACUGGGGAUAUGUGGCACGACAGCAUUCGUCAGCAUGUGGAUGCACAACGUGGCAGCUGCCCUGCUGAUGAUGCCCGUGGCCACGGGCAUCCUCCAGCGCUUCCCGUCGGGCUCGGCCCAAUCUCCCUUAGUCAACAAGUUCUGCCGGGCUGUGGUUCUCGGAGUCAUAUACUCUGCCGCCAUCGGAGGAAUAAGCACCCUCACCGGUACAGGUGUCAAUCUUAUAUUGGUUGGGAUGUGGAAGAGCUAUUUCCCGGAAGAAAAUCCCAUCAGUUUCAACACGUGGUCCUUCUUUGCCUUGCCUUUAGCUUUGGUGAUAUUCUUUGCCUUGUGGGUCAUACUUUGCUGCUUGUACAUCCGGAGGGGUUCGAGCCAGGCCCUUUCUGCUUAUUUGGACAAAGACCAUUUAAAGAGAGAGCUCCAACUGUUGGGUCCGAUGUCCUUUGCCGAGAAGGUGGUGUUAGCUGUAUUUUCGACGUUAGUAGUUUUAUGGAUGACAAGAAGAUUAACAGACGACAUUCCCGGUUGGGGUGCACUCUUCAACGGUCGAGCUGGGGAUGGAACUGUCAGCGUAAUGAUGGCAACGUUGUUAUUCAUAAUACCAAACAAGAAGCAACCAGGUGAGAAGUUAAUGGACUGGAACAAAUGCAAGAAGCUUCCUUGGAAUAUCAUACUCUUAUUAGGAGCUGGUUUCGCCAUCGCCGACGGUGUCAAGACCAGUGGCCUUGCCGAUAUAUUAUCUAGAGCCUUGGACUUUUUGGAGGAAGCUCCUUACUGGGCCAUUGCCCCGGCUGUGUGCCUCAUAAGUAGCCUCAUCACUGAGUUCAUGUCCAAUAAUGCCACCACCACGCUUGUAAUUCCUAUCCUUAUUCAGAUAGCCAAAAGCAUGCAUGUUCACCCCUUACUUUUCAUGAUUCCCGGAGCCAUUGGGGCUCAGUUUUCCUACUUCCUUCCCACUGGAACACCUUCUAACAUCGUCGGAUUUUCGACUGGCCAUAUCGAAAUGGUAGACAUGAUCAAGACUGGCUUGCCUCUCAAGAUUGUUGGAAUUGCUGUCCUGUCUCUCUUGAUGCCCACUCUUGGAGCUUAUGUAUUUGUAACGGACAGAGCAUUUUGGUAGUUUUAAAGCAGAGCAACUCUGUUUUGUAAUAUUACUAGCAUUCUGUUUUUGCUUUUUUCAAUACAUGAAAGUAAAUGUUAUAUAGUUCCCAUUAAACAAAAUAUUAAAGGAAAAGGAAAUAGAAGUGCCCAGAUUUUACUCUA